CCGUCUCCCUUCCCGUGGCAAAUGACAUGAAUAAAGGCGACACUAAGGUGAUGAAGUGCAUUGUAGAGGUCAUCUCUGAUACUUUAUCUAAGCCAAACCCCCUGCCGAUCAGUGAGGAAUGCCUAGAAACACUCCGAGGAGAUGAACGAAUCAUUUCUAUCCUUCGCCACCAAAACUUAUUGAAGGAACUUCAGGAAAUUGCUGCUCAAGGUGCCAAUGAGAGAACUCAGCAGCAGAAGAAAAGCAGUGGCUUCGAAGAUGAACUUUCUGAAGUCCUUGAAAGCCAAAAUGACAAGAACAAGCAGAGAGAUGCAGCAGGGGAGCGCCCUGAAGAGGAGCAGCCCACUGAGUCCCUGGCUGAGCUGAUGGCACAGAAACCCCAGCAAAAUGAAGAUUCAAGAGAAGAGGAAAGAAACAGUCUGGAGGAGAGGGCACCCAGGCCAAGGGAUACUGAUCCUGUUGAGAAAGAGGACCAGGAGGAAUCAGAGAGCAAUGACAUCAGGGAUAUAGAGGAUGUCCAGCAAGACAAAGCUUUGGACAACCACUUUGGCAAAGAUUUCAGUGAGGAUGAGCAGCAACAGCAAGGGGAUGAAGAGGAGGAGCCCAGAGGCUCCAGGGACAGCCUGGAGCUUGAGGACAAGGGAGAGGAGCCAUCCAGGCAGGGCCAGGAGCAUAACAAGGAGGUGACAGGGGAGCGCGUGGAGCGUGAGGAUGAUGGAGAUGAUGCUACAGAGGAGGACCCUACUGAAGCAGAGAGGUCACUUGAUUUGGCUGAGGAGGACGAGGAGGCUGAGGAGAUGCAGGGAGAUGACAACAACGGCGAUGCUCUGGGAUUUAGCAAAGAUGGGCAGAGUUCGGAGGAGGAGGAGGAGGAAGAGGAGGAGGAGGAGGAAGAGCAGCCCCGGGCAUCAAGAGGAGGAAGGCAUCGCCUGGAGGAUGAGAGGAUGCAGGGGGAGGAGGACAUCUUCCAGCCCAGAGAUGCCAAAAGUGAUGAGAUGGAGGAGGAGUCCUCCAGGGAGUGGGAAGAUACCAAGAGGUGGAACAAAAUGGAUGAGCUGGCUAAGCAGCUGACAUCAAAGAAGCGCAUGGAGGAAAAUGAUAGUGGGGAAGACUCAGAGAGGUCCAUGAAAAAGGCAUUUCGGUCCCGCAAGUAUGCCUUCAACAGCCCAGAGGAAGGUGUGAGGAGGUUGUGGAAGCAUCACUCGAAGGAGGACAGCAGUGAAGGAGGAUUCCCACUUGCUCCUAUGCCUGAAGAAAAGAAGGAUGAGGAGGGCAGCGCUAACAGGAGAACAGAGGACCAGGAGCUGGAGAGCUUGGCUGCCAUCGAGGCUGAGCUGGAGCGCGUCGCCCACAAGCUGCAUGAGCUGCGGCGAGGCUGA